GUGAGUGUGUUGUCAAACAAUUUCCAUCCAAGUAAAAGUAUAAAUUUAAAAUUUAUAAUUUACUUUUAUUUAAUUUGUGUUAUGCUUGGAGUCAGAAUGAACACAUUUAAUGAUACAUCUGGUGAGCCAGAACAGGACGCUAACUCCGCAUUAACUGAGUUGGACAAAGGUCUCAGAUCUGGUAAAGUUGGAGAACAAUGCGAGGCAAUAGUACGUUUUCCAAGAUUAUUCGAGAAAUACCCAUUUCCUAUACUUAUAAACUCAUCGUUUCUGAAAUUGGCUGAUGUGUUUCGUAUGGGCAAUAACUUCCUCCGCCUGUGGGUUUUACGCGUAUGUGAACAGAGUGAGAAGCAUUUGGACAAGAUUUUGAACGUCGACGAGUUUUUGAGAAGGGUUUUCAGUGUGUUGCAUUCAAACGAUCCAGUUGCCAGAGCUUUAGCUCUGAGGACUCUUGGUGCUGUGGCAGGAAUAAUACCAGAGAGGCAGAAUGUACAUCACGCUAUCAGGAGAGGUUUGGAGAGCCAUGACAAUGUUGAGGUGGAUGCUGCCAUAUAUGCCACUACUAGGUUUGCAGCUCAUUCCAACUCAUUUGCAGUUGCUAUGUGCAACAAACUAUCUGACAUGGUGGAAUGUGAGAGCACGGGGGCUGAACGCAGAGCCAAGCUUGUUAGAGCGUUAAGGACUGUGCAUGGUGGAGCUGUAAGAGCGCAGGGGGUUCUAAAGCUCCUGCGUUCCCUACUGGAGAGGUUCCCGUCAUCCAGCUCAGUCCGGGCCGCCAUCACUGCACUCACAGCCAUAGCAGCAGAUACUGUCGUACAUGUGCCUGAUCAGGUGGAGCUCCUGCUAAGCAUAGCAGUGAACGACGCCCGCUCGGUAGUGCGGCGCUCGGCGCUGCUGGGGCUGCGGCGGCUGGCGGAGCAAGCGGCGCUGUGGCCCGCCGACUGCAUCCGCGAGCUGGUGCGCGCCGCCAGCGCCACGCAGGACCACGACCACACCAUGCUGUGUCUGCAGGUCAUGCAGAUACUCGUCCGCUGCCCAGCGGUGUGCGCGGCGGCCGGCAGCCCCGCCGGCGGCGCGCCCAGCGCGCUGCGCCAGUUCUGCAGCGACGCGGCGCUCAGCGUGGACCUGCAGCACGCCGCCAUCGCCGCCGACGUGCUCACGCGCAUAGUGGUGCACUGCUACGAAGAGAGCCUGCCGGUGGAGGGCGCAGACCUCAUGCUGGCGCUGGAGUCGCUGGUCAUCGCGACCGGCAUACAGAACGGGCAGCACAACAUCAGGCCACUGCGAAUUGCACUACGUUGUCUGGUACAACUGAGUACGGUCCAGCCGGAUCUGUACGCACAACGCACCGCGGCGGUGGUGGGGUCGCAGAUGGGCGCGGGGGCGCAGCGCCAGGCCGCCCUGUUGGAGGCCCUGGCCGCGCUCGGAGCCCUGGGCGCGCCGGCGCUGCCACAUCUACUGCCAGCGUUGCAGCAUGCUAAGGAAGCGUGCAGAGAGCCGUCGUACGACGGCACCACGCUGGUGCUGAUAUGCACCGUGCUGCUGCAGGAGCGCGCCGGCGCAGCGCUGACCCGUCGCAUCAACAGCUCCUGGGAGCUGAAGAUCAAGGACGCCAUCCAUGGCGCCGACGGCUGGACCAGGUACAGGGUCGCCAGGGCCUGCUUAAGAUACGGUCACCACAGCCUGGCUGCGGACAUCCUCAAACGCCUGUCAGAGGAGGCGCCCAGUGAAUCCGCCCAGCGCUGGAUCACCGCUUUGUACAGAGCCGCAGCGGCUGAUUCCAAACUAUUGGAAGACGGUAUAUCGGGUCUGGAGGAGGCGAGCGCGGGCUGGGAGUCGUUCGGCGACGGCGGCGUGAGCACCGGCGGCAGCUGCUGCAGCGGCUGCGGCGGCUGCGGGGCCUGCGCGCCGCUCGCGCCCGCCUGGGCCGCCGCGCGCGCGCGCGCCCUGGCCGCGCUGGCGGGCGCCGCCGCCGCCGCGCGCGCGCUCUGCACGCAGCCGCCGCCCGCCAUCGCACUCGCGCACGCGCAGGCGGCGCGCGACCCGGCGGCGAAGGCGGGCGCGUGCGCGGGCGCGCUGCGGCGGGCGGCGCGCGCGCUGGCGGCGGCGGCGCAGCGCUACGGCGCCAUCGCGCGCACCGCCUUCCACGCCGACGCCUCCACGCUGCGCCACCUCAACAUUUCCCAGCACACAUACGCACAGAUGGCCCAGUUCCUCGACAGAAUCACCUCGAGCCAGCAGGAGCGACCGGAGCUGGCCAGCAAAGAGAUCAAGCCCACCAGCCUGGAAGAAACCAUAGCACUGGCGCCGUCCUUGGCACUCGCCAAUAUAUCAUCCAAACUGUUCGACAACCCCACCACUAGUCCGGGAAUCACACAUAGGCACGCGGAGGCGGUGCUGGCGGGCGUGCGCGCGCUGGCGGCGGGCGCGUGCUGGCCGCGCGACGUGUGCAGCGGCGGCGGCGGCGGCGCGCUGUGCCGCGUGUCGCUGUCCCCCGCGCACCGCCCGCCGCCCGCUGACCACGCCGCCACCUUGCCGCUGGCGCACCGCCUGGCGCUCAAGCUGGAGGGGGUCAUCCUGCCGCCGCCGGAGAGCAAACGCAAGCCAAAGCGGCAAGUGAAGGGCGUGCAGAUCACGGUGACGGCGACGCCACACCCGCGCACCAACGAGAAGCAUCCGCAGACAGUGGAACUGUCCAACGUGGCGCCGACGCUGACAGCGGUGCAGACGGUGGCGCCGGUGCGCGACUUCUUCUCCGCGCAGCAGCUGGUGAGCGUGUCGGCGCCCGGCCUCUACACCGUGGCCGUGCAGGCCGCCUUCGUGGACGAGUGCGGCGAGCUGUGGCACACCGGGCCCAGGACCUCCAUCGUCAUAAAGGCGCACGAAGAUCCCAGCACCAAAGGAAAUGCGCAAACUACUCGCGGUCGGUUUUAAAAAAUUUAAAUCAUUAAUGUAAGUUACAAUCAUUAUUAUACAUUACUAUUAAAUACAAAAUAUAAUUAUUUAA